UGAUAUUUUCCUUACUUUAAAACUCAAUUUUUGGUGUUACUGUUCCUUUAAAGAAUUAAAGCUGAGAUGCGAGUAAAGUGACAGGAGGGGGAGAUGUGAGAGAGAUUUGGACACACAGGCUGUGGUCAGCAGCUGGGCUCAUCUCACUGGAGUAGGGCACUGAGCAGAUCUGCUUCUCUCAGUCUGUGUCCAUAGUCUUGUACUGCAGGGACGGAGGAGUGAAUAGAGUCUUAUUGGAAGGGAGAGAAAGGAACCAAGUGAAGCCGCAUUCCAUAUGUUUAGGAGAUCACAUCACUGACUUUGGCUGAAGAUGCCCUAAAAUGCUUUCCGUGUGGAUGGUCUGAAUUCCGCUUCAUUAGGAGAGCGAAUACCGUAGAGGGAUUUCACAUGAGGACGUCCUAAAAUGCUUUCCAUAAGCCGCUGCUAUGAUUCUGCUGCGCCUCAGAUGUAGCCUCCGUCUCUUUCUCCUCCUGCUUCUGGCUGCUCCCGCGACCCCACAAGUCACAGUGAUCGUUGAUGGAAAGGUUAAGGCCAAGUUGGGGUCAGACAUUAAGUUGUUCUGCAAAGUGAAAACCCUGGAAUUGAUAUCCCAAGUCACUUGGCAGAGGAAGUUGUCGCCCAACAAUGAGAAUUUCCUAACUUACAGCAAAGGAGAGGAACCCCUGCACCUGACUCCGUUUGGGGAGAGAGUGAGAUUUCUGGGCAAUGGGGAUCUUGGAGGCUCCAUACUGAUACCCAAUGUAACCCUGACUGAUGAGGGCACCUACCUCUGUAUCUACACAACAUUUCCUAGUGGGACAAAUGAAGGGGAGAUUCAAUUAUCCAUCUGGGUGGAGCCGUCAGUGGAAGUGCAGCUAAACCCAGUUCUGUCGGGACCAAAUCCAGAUGUUAUUGCUGAAUGUGUAGCCUUUGCCUCCAAACCCGCGGCUAAUAUCAGCUGGAAUACAUAUGGUCUCCUCUACACGUCAAAGGAAAUUCCAACACAACAUCCUAAUGGGACAGUGACAAUAAGGAGUCAGCUAUGGAUGGUGCCUUCUCCUGGACUUAAUGGGCAUCAGGCUACUUGUCUGGUUUCUCUGCCGGAUCAAAUAUUUGAGAAAUACACAAAUGUCAGUAUUACUAAUAUUCAGUACGCCCCUCAGACGGUGCAUGUUACAGUACAGAGAGUAAAGGAAGACCCUCCAUCCAUUGAAUGUUGGGCAGAUGGCAACCCUCCAGCCACCUAUACAUGGAGUAGGGAGAAUGGAUCCAUUCCUAAUGAUGUGGCCCAGGUAAUGGGGAACACUCUGCAUUUUUCCAGAGGGAAUACAGAUUAUAAUGGCCUGUAUGUCUGUGAGGCCACAAACAGUAUUGGGAGAAACUCACACUCAGUCUAUUUAUAUAAAUACUCAGGUGCAAUUCCCCAUUGUUACACAGGUUUAUGUAUUGCAGUAAGUCUUCUUGCAGUCCUAGUAAUCAUUGCUGCUGUGUGUUACUGUAUCAGGGAGCAGAGGAAUAAGUACUGCAGGGAAGGGGAUAGAGAAGUACAGACACCUGGGACCCAGGAAGAAAGAGAACGUGUUGCAGAUACUACGUCACAAUUUUAAGAUUCGUCCAGACAAAAUCUUCUGCUCUUCGGGUUAGUAAGAUAUUUAAUUCACCUGGCAUUAUAUUGGCUAAUGGUAAUAGCACACAGGGAUAGAGAGGGGUUCAGAGGUUCAGUGGGGUGCAAGCUCCAGUGCGCACAAGAGUUAUAUAUGUAGAUGGAAUGACCUGUUCACACAAAUUAUACUGAAAUUAUGUGUAAAACACAUGGGAAUUUGCGUCCAAAAUCGCACAAUAAUAAACAAUUAUGUAAUUUGCAAUGUUAGGGCAAGGCCAGAAGCGUAAUUUUUUACGUUGUGUUUUUAAAAAAGCUCAGUCGGCGUAAAUACGCAUAAACUGCACUACUGCUGAAACGAAUGCAAAACCCACUAUGGCAAUUCUCACAGGGCGCUUGCAAGCCCAAAUCCACCACGGGACGCAAGUAUUGGCGUUUUUCAGCAGAAACAACAAUAAAUCAACAAACUACCAAAUCAAUAGACUCUGUGGGAUCUGCACAUUUGAAACCACACUUUACGUAAAAACGCAGUAUAUUUUAAAUACAGCGUCCAAAGAUAAAUGACGCGUAUACGCUUUAACGGCAUAUUAGGCCAGUGACGUAAUUUAGUUGCGUAUUGACGCAACAUUCCUGCUCCAUUUUGCAUGUAAAUAGCUUUUCUUUUUUUUUCUAUUUCAACAUGCGUUUCUAGAAAAACACAUGUUGAUUGUCACGUGUGGUUACAGUGGCGUAUUUACGCCCGACCGAGCUUUUUUAAAAACCGCAAUGUAAAACGUUUGGCCUUGCCCUUCAACAGUUAUAAAGUUUCCUGGCAAAUGGGAAUAACAGACCAAAGUCCCCCAGUGCUUUAUUAGCUCCACUGUCACCCGUAUAUGUUACUAUUAUAGUUGAAUAAAACCAGAUAAAAUGUGAAUCCAAAGUUUGUUUGAUCUUUAUACAUUUGGAUUGAUUCAUGUCCCCAGUGUUUUGAUCUGGUAGGUUUAAUGUCAUAUUUGUAUGCUUUGUCUUGCUACAUUUGUGAUUGAAUUUAUAUAGAGAAUAAAUGUAACUGCGCUUGGCCGACUCAUUAGCCCACCCAGAGGGAGCUCUCAGCAAGGAAUCCUCUGUACCUGCCACCAACCCAACGAGACUGACCGAGGAGGCAAGACAUGAGUCUGUUAUUCACUAUUUAACCUGUGCCAUAUAGUCUUUUUCAAUUUCCACCAUUGCUAAACAGCGGCUUGUUUCUAUUAUGAACUAUAGUAGUGUUUCUGAAGUAAAAUCAAUAGUCUAGUUAAAUCUGCCCUUGAACUGAGUCAUAGAUGGGCUUUGGCUGUCAACUUACAGGUAGAACACCCAGUAACUCCAGUUGGACCAAGAUCAAGCAAUUGAUAAUGCCCAAAAGAAGUUUUUGCUUCAGUGUCUGGAACCAGUGUUGUAUAAUGAUUUUUUUCUUUUUCAGGAUCAAUACUAUCUACAAACACGUGGAAUGGCGAUGGGAUCCAAUGUGGCCCCAUCCUACGCAAACAUUUUCAUGAAUAGGUUUGAAGAGCAAUUUGUUUACGGCAACAGGUGGUUUGUUAAAUAUCGUUGCAAGUGCUUUCACUAAAUUUGCGCUAUGGACUGGUCCACAUUGGUCCCUUCAAAUUAAUUCAUUAUCUUGUAUAAAUUUACAGUUUCAAGUGGUCAGGAUUGUAUUUCAUUACUGGACACUAAGGUGUGGAGGGGCCAUGUUGGUGGAUUUGUAAGUCAAGCCCACUGACAGGAAUACCCUGCUUCACUCUGACUAUUUCAUUCUACACAGGUUAAGAAAUCGAUCCCCAAGUUGCAGUUCAGAGUUAAGCGUAUAUUGUGACCAAUGAUCAAUUGUUGACCCUGAGAUUAGACGAGAUGCAGAAGAAAUUUAGGGAGCGUGGCUACCCCCAAUAGAUUGUUACAGCAACAAUGUGAGUAAAUAGAAAAAAUGGAAAAGUAUGUUACAAGGCCGAAUUAGACAACUGGAUGAUCUUUUUACCUUUGUCUCCAACUAUAAUGUUUUGAGCAACGAGGUAGCUGACAUUAUUCGAAGAAAUUGGGUCAUUAAGGGUCAGGGCACACGCUCAGAUUCGGGGAGAUUAGUCACCCGGUAACAAAUCUCUUCUUCGGGGCAACUUAUCUCCCCAAACGGCCUCCCACCAGCUAGAAUGUGAAUCGCCGGCGGGAUGCACUUGGAUCGCUUAGUUACAGUUACUUCCAAAUUAGAUAAAUCUGAUCUGGGAAGCUCUAAAGAAAAACCAAGUGUGUUCCGUUCUGUUAAAAAUGGCACAUUUCCUUGUCUGGGUUGUAAUUGCUGCUCAAAUUGCAGAGAAGAUUGAUGCGGUGUAUCACCCCCAGAAAGGAAUCACCAUAAAAAUCUGGGGAUAUUACAGCUGCAGAUCAUCUUUUGUCAUAAAAAUCAUAAAAUGCCCUGGUGGUAUGUUAUAUGUAGGUCAGACUUCCCAUCCUUGUCUAUAAAGGGACUUGAUUGGCCAGUGUUUGUAACCUUGAUAAAAGACCAGACAGGGCCUGAAACGUUGCUAACCAUGUUCUGCCAUACAUAUCCAAUAAAGGCAUUUUAACUUAUAAUUA